AGUUCGUCGAUCGGAGCGUGCACAACGACCUGCGAGCGGUGGCGACGACGGCGGCACUUUGAAUUUACAUUCAAAACUUUUACGCACCACAAAAAGAAAAAAAAUAACAAUAAAAAGCAACAUUUCAUUAUCUAUAUAUUCGUACACUAUCUCAAACGUAUGUGAUGCAAGAGUGCUGUGGGACUUGUGCAAAAGAUAAACUGCCGAUCGUAUUAGUGCUAUCAAAACAGCAUGCUUUGUGGAACGUUUUUAGAAUAGAUGUAACAACAUCCGAAGUCAAACAACAUUGUGAGUGGAGUGGAAAAAAACAGAGGCGGACAUCUAUGUUUUUUAAACAUUAAAUAAUUAUAUUAACGGGCAGCGCGUGUCUCCAUUUCUGUUUGGGAUGCUAAUGAAAUCGAAUCAAACACAAAUUAAAAGUCGCCAAUAUUCGAACAAAUCAAUUAACAAAUCAAAUGCAAAUAAUAAGUGAAUACAAAACGGUGUGUAAAACGUAAUUAUACAACUUAUACAACUGAGCAAUUAAAUCAAAAUAAUAGGCAACAAAACAAAAAAAAAAAUGCAAUCAUUAAAGGCCGAUGAUCUGCCCGAGAAUCCCGUGGAGCGGGCCAACUGCUGCUCGGAGCAGAUGUUCUGCUUUGCGAUGCCCGUUUUGUUUAAGGGUCGCCAGAAAGCACUGGAACAAAGCGAUCUCUAUAAACCGCUCAAGAAGCACAAGUCAGACACGCUCGGCGACCGUCUGUGCUCGGCCUGGGAUGAGGAAGUCGCUAGGCGAUCUGCCCAAAAUCUCCAGCCUCGCUUGUUUCGCGUUGUGAGUCGCGUAUUUGGCUGGCCUCUGUUUCUCCAAGGCCUCUUGCUCAUUUCCCAGGAGAUGCUCACCAGGGUUACGCAGCCCAUUUGCCUGUUUGGCAUUAUGGCCUACUUUGCCGGCGAUGAUACGGAUUUGACCAAGGCGCAGCUUUAUGCCGCCGGCCUAAUGGCGGGAACGGUGUUCUCGGUUGCCUUUGGCCAUCCAUACAUGCUGGGUGUCUUGCAUCUGGGCAUGAAAAUGCGCAUUGCCCUCUGCAGCUUAGUAUAUCGCAAGUCUUUGCGCCUCAGCCGGACAGCCCUGGGAGACACGACCAUCGGGCAGGUGGUGAAUCUGCUGUCCAACGAUGUGGGACGCUUCGAUACGGUGCUGAUCAAUGUGCACUACUUGUGGGUAGCACCCCUAGAGCUGAUCGUCGUCACGUAUUUUAUGUAUGAUCAGAUCGGAUUUUCGGCUUUGUUUGGCGUCGCUGUGAUGCUACUCUUUCUACCACUGCAGGCCUACCUGGGCAAGAAAACAUCGGUGCUGCGUCUGCGUACAGCCCUUCGCACAGACGAACGUGUCCGCAUGAUGAACGAGAUCAUAUCCGGGAUUCAGGUGAUCAAGAUGUAUGCAUGGGAGAAGCCCUUUGGCAAGCUUGUGGAGCUCACGCGUCUCAAAGAAAUGACCUGCAUCAAGCAGGUCAACUAUAUACGUGGCAUUCUCAUCUCCUUCGCCAUGUUCCUCUCACGCGUCUUCAUAUUCGCCAGUCUGGUGGGCUAUGUGCUGCUCGGCAAUCUCUUGACCGCCGAAAAGGCCUUCUACAUCACCGCCUACUACAACAUUCUCCGGCGCACAGUCACCAUGUUCUUCCCACAAGGCAUCGGACAGUUCGCGGAGCUCUUGGUGUCUAUUAGACGUCUGCAGACCUUUAUGCAUCGCGAGGAGACUCUCGUCCAAGACAGAUCAAUUGAUGGCACGACCUCUGCACCUCUCGACCAGACGAAAAAUGGUGCACUAAUAGAAAACGAAAGCGGAGAUGCGGCAAAGGUCAACGGCAAUCACGAGAGUCUUAUUGAAUUCAACGAAUUCCAUGCCAAAUGGGAUGCUAAAGCAACUGAGAACACUCUAGACAACAUCAAUCUCAAACUAGGUCGUCGUCAACUGGUGGCCGUGAUUGGACCUGUCGGUUCAGGCAAGUCCAGCCUCAUACAAUCCAUUCUCGGCGAACUGCCCGUUGGGAAGGGAAGCCUCAAAGUCAAUGGCAAAUAUUCGUACGCCUCCCAGGAGCCGUGGCUCUUCACGGGAACUGUUCGUGAAAAUAUACUCUUUGGAUUGACUCUGGAUAAGCAUCGCUAUCGCACAGUGGUGAAGAAGUGUGCCCUUGAGCGUGACUUUGAGCUACUUCCUCAUGGUGAUAAGACGAUCGUUGGCGAGCGAGGAGCUUCACUCUCUGGUGGACAGAAAGCACGCAUCAGUCUGGCAAGGGCUGUGUACCGUCGGGCGGAGAUCUACCUCCUAGAUGAUCCACUCAGCGCUGUGGAUACUCAUGUGGGUCGGCACUUGUUCGAUCAGUGCAUGAGAGGCUAUCUGAGAAGUGAGUUAGUCAUCCUGGUCACACAUCAGCUGCAGUUCCUGGAGCACGCCGAUCUCAUUGUCAUUAUGGAUAAGGGUAAAAUUAGUGCAAUGGGCACCUAUGCCACAAUGCAACGCAGCGGUUUGGACUUUGCACAGCUGCUGACAGAUCCCAACAAGUCUGACGAGACGUCAAAUGAUCGUGAUAGUGAAGCUGGCGAUAUUUGGGAUCGUCUGAGCCUCGCCUCACGGAGCAAUAGACCGAGUCGCCAAGCCUCGCGCAAUGAGAGUUUUAGCUCUUUAAGUUCCCUGACGGAAUCUAUUGGAAAUGAAGCAGCUAUGGCUCCACAAGAGACGCGCGUCAAAGGCAACAUAGGUUUUGGUCUCUAUAAGGAAUAUUUAACUGCAGGCAGCGGUUGGCUCAUGCUAUGCUUCAUGGUCUUCCUUUGCUUGGGAACACAAAUUGUGGGUUCAACAGCUGAUAUGUUUCUCGCCUACUGGGUUGACAAGAACAAAAACGCUGCAGACAGAGACUCAGAUCCAAUCGAUAUCUAUUACUUCACUGCCCUUAAUAUAGCCGUCAUCUUCUUUACGUUAGUAAGGACUAUGCUAUUCUAUAAGCUGGCCAUGCGCAGCUCGACAACGCUUCACAAUGCCAUGUUCCGUGGCAUCACAAGAGCGGCAAUGUACUUCUUCAAUACGAAUCCCUCGGGUCGGAUAUUGAAUCGGUUCUCAAAGGACCUCGGCCAGAUAGACGAACUUCUGCCAACCGUAAUGCUGGAUGUGGUUCAGAUCUUUCUUACAUUGACAGGUAUCAUCGUUGUCAUCUGCAUCACCAAUCCUUAUUAUCUGAUUCUCACUCUGGUCCUGGGGAUAAUCUUCUACUAUAUAAGGGAGUUUUAUCUGAAGACAUCAAGAGACAUAAAACGGCUGGAGGCAGUUGCCAGAUCUCCGAUAUAUUCUCAUCUCAGUGCCUCUCUAAAUGGACUGCCUACAAUUAGAGCACUGGGCGCACAGAAGACUCUGAUUGCCGAGUUCGAUAAUCUGCAGGAUCUGCACAGCUCCGGUUACUACACAUUUCUAUCUACUAAUCGUGCCUUCGGCUAUUACCUGGACUGCUUCUGCACACUGUACAUUGUGAUAAUUAUUCUGAACUAUUUCAUAAAUCCGCCUGAAAACUCGGGCGAAGUAGGAUUAGCCAUUACGCAAGCUAUGGGCAUGGCAGGCAUGGUUCAAUGGGGCAUGCGGCAAUCGGCGGAGCUGGAGAACACCAUGACAGCAGUUGAACGUGUAGUGGAGUACGAUGAGAUCGAGCCAGAGGGUGAAUAUGAGUCGGAGCUGAACAAGAAACCACCCAACACCUGGCCGGAACACGGAAAGAUAGUGGCCGAUGAUCUAAGUCUACGCUAUUUCCCCGAUCCGCAAUCCAAGUAUGUGCUCAAGUCGCUCAACUUCGAGAUCAAACCCAUGGAAAAGGUGGGCAUUGUGGGUCGUACGGGUGCUGGCAAAUCAUCGCUUAUCAACGCCCUCUUCCGUCUGUCCUACAACGAUGGCUCUAUCAUCAUCGACAGCCGCGAUACCAACGAACUAGGACUACACGAUCUGCGAAGCAAGAUCUCCAUUAUCCCACAGGAACCGGUACUGUUUUCGGGCAGCAUGCGCUACAAUCUUGAUCCCUUCGAGGAAUACAGCGAUGCCAAGCUGUGGGAUGCUUUGGAGGAGGUCAAGUUGAAGCCCGUCAUCAGCGAUCUUCCGAGUGGACUCCAGAGUAAAAUCUCCGAGGGAGGCACCAACUUUAGUGUGGGUCAGAGGCAGCUGGUGUGUUUGGCACGAGCCAUUCUUCGGGAGAACCGUAUUCUGGUCAUGGAUGAGGCCACAGCCAAUGUGGAUCCACAGACAGAUGCCCUCAUUCAGACGACGAUUAGGAACAAGUUCAGGGAGUGCACAGUUCUGACAAUAGCCCAUCGCCUGAACACGAUUAUGGACUCGGAUAAGGUGAUAGUCAUGGAUGCUGGCCAAAUAGUCGAGUUUGGAUCACCUUACGAACUCCUUACUCAGUGUGAGUCGAAGGUCUUCCAUGGCAUGGUCAUGGAGACAGGUCAAAGUAGCUUUGAUAGUCUGCUGAGGGUAGCAGAAAAGGCCCAUUUGGAAUCACAGAAGUCCAAGACUGCCUAGAAUUAAUGCAGAAUCUGAAGGCAUUUUCGCAUUAGUUAGUUUUAAGAACAAGUCUCAUAGAACAUGUACUGUUUUAAAAUUAACCGGUAUCCAACAUUGUCAAAAUAAGAACGAGAAACCUUAUGUAUCUAAAUGCUACUUAAUGUAUUGCUUUUUAUUUUACGAAAUAACCUUUAAAUAAACUUAUAAGACUAAAAA